UCCCGUGAAGCCCGCGCGAUGGCCGCGCGAGGGCCGCCCGCUCCGCGGUAGGAGAUGCCUCGGACCCGAGCCCCGCAGCGCCCGAGCGUAUCGAUAUUUAUCAUAUUUAUUGAGUACCCAUCGCGUGCCAGGCACCAAUUGUUUGUGCACAGAAAAACCCUGAGGCUCGACACCAGCAUAAACACUGCGAUCGCCCCCGCUUGCUGAGAUAACAGGGCUCCAUUUCACAGCAGUUCGAGGAGAAAAAGGGACGCCUUAGUCCAGCCUGGAAACAGCAGCUAUUAAAUCAACUGUCUGCCAGUGUCCUAGUAUCUCUUCCUCUGAGUGCGUCUACAGGAGAGCCAUAAGACCUCUAGAAAUGACUCAGUCCAGCCCGGGCUCCAACCAUUUCAAUGAAGUCAACUUUUGCAAAGUAACGACAGGGCUAUCAAGCUUAUAUUUUGGCUGCUCUCUGCUUGUAAAUGCACUCAGAACAGCAGAGUUCAGUCUAGUUUUCGGAUUAUAGAUCUUUUCCAAACAUGAUGCAUUUUAAAAGUGGAUUGGAACUAACUGAGCUACAAAACAUGACGGUGCCUGAAGAUGACAACAUCAGCAAUGACUCCAAUGAUUUCACAGAAGUCGAAAAUGGUCAGAUAAAUAGCAAGUUUAUUUCUGAUCGAGAAAGUCGAAGAAGUCUCACUAAUAGCCAUUUGGAAAAAAAGAAGUGUGAUGAAUAUAUUCCAGGAACAACCUCCUUGGGAAUGUCUGUUUUUAACCUAAGCAAUGCCAUUAUGGGCAGUGGGAUUUUGGGACUUGCCUUUGCCCUGGCCAACACGGGGAUCUUACUUUUUCUGAUACUUUUGACUUCUGUGACGCUGCUGUCUAUUUAUUCAAUAAACCUUUUGCUGAUCUGUUCGAAGGAAACAGGCUGCAUGGUUUACGAAAAGCUGGGAGAGCAGGUCUUUGGCACCACAGGGAAGCUUGUCAUCUUCGGAGCCACCUCUCUACAGAACACUGGAGCAAUGCUGAGCUACCUCUUCAUAGUGAAAAAUGAGCUACCUUCUGCCAUAAAGUUCCUAAUGGGAAAGGAAGAGGCAUUUUCUGCGUGGUAUGUGGACGGCCGUGUGUUGGUGGUGAUAGUUACCUUUGGGAUCAUUCUCCCUCUGUGUCUCCUAAAGAAUUUAGGCUAUCUUGGCUAUACUAGUGGAUUUUCCUUGAGCUGUAUGGUUUUUUUCCUAAUAGUGGUUAUCUACAAGAAAUUUCAAAUUCCCUGCAUUGUUCCAGAGCUAAAUUCAACAACAAAUGCUAAUUCAACAAUGUGUACGCCAAAAUACGUUACCUUCAAUUCAAAGACCGUGUAUGCAUUACCAACGAUUGCGUUUGCAUUUGUCUGCCACCCGUCAGUCCUGCCAAUUUACAGUGAGCUCAAAGAUCGAUCCCAAAAAAAAAUGCAGAUGGUUUCGAAUAUCUCCUUUUUUGCCAUGUUUGUCAUGUACUUCUUAACUGCCAUUUUUGGCUACUUGACCUUCUAUGAAAACGUGCAAUCAGAUCUCCUGCACAAGUACCAGAGCAAAGAUGACAUCCUCAUUCUGACCGUGCGCCUGGCCGUCAUCGUCGCCGUCAUCCUCACAGUGCCCGUGUUGUUCUUCACGGUUCGUUCAUCUUUGUUUGAACUGGCUAAGAAAACAAAGUUUAAUUUAUGUCGCCACAUCUUUGUUACCUUCAUUCUCUUGGUUAUUAUCAACUUGCUGGUGAUCUUCAUCCCCUCCAUGAAGGACAUUUUUGGAGUCGUAGGAGUUACGUCUGCUAAUAUGCUUAUUUUCAUUCUUCCGUCAUCUCUGUAUUUAAAAAUCACAAACCAAGAUGGAGAUAAAGGAACUCAAAGAAUUUGGGCUGCCCUCUUCCUGGGCCUGGGGGUGUUGUUCUCACUGGUCAGCAUCCCCUUGGUGAUCUACGACUGGGCCUGCUCCUCCAGCAACGACUAAGGCCACUGAGACCAGCGAGAAGAGGUCCCAGCCCCAACUUGCUGCUCUGCCCUGUCACCACCCAUCAGCACCCCUCCCUCAUCAGUUCCUUUGCAAGUUUACAGAAGCAAACAGAAACUUACAAGGCACAAACGGAACAGCACUUGGGUAGCAAAACAGAGACCUGUUUCUAUAAUGGUUCGUGUCCCUCAAGCUCUGGGAUCAGUGUAAGAUGGUGGAUUUUCAUUUUCAAAGUUUACGUGAUCAUAUCUCUCAGCACUUCUCACCAUCAGUUACAGCUCACUCUUCCAACUGUGUUUUUUGUCACCUCACAGUCUCUUAGAACUUUGCAAACAUGAUCAUCCAUCAUGUUGAUUUAUUAGAUAUUGGGUUCUGAAAUCAUUUUCCGACUGAUGUUCAGCGCACAGUAUCUGUACCUUUAUAGAAAAGAAUCUUGUAUAUAUUUAUUUUGCUUUACAGAAAAAAUGGUUUCGUAAAUAAUUUGCAUAUUUUGGUUAACCUAGCACACAGGGAUGAUCAUGCGAGGGUCACAGGGCAUGCGCCGUUGUGGAUCAGGGUGUGCCCAAUAUUUGAGGUGCCCUGGUCACCUGCAACGGGUCCCAGUAGCCCACAGCUUCUACAUCUCACUCCAUGCAGAGACAGGCCCUGGUGAGUGUUCUCAGCUGUGGAUGGGGCUGAUUGUACUUUGGUAAACAUAUUUAGUUACACACUUGGGUAAUCGAGCAAAUCAAGUUUUGUUCCCUCUUGGCAAUUGAUGUCAAAGUCUCAUCAGAGGCCACGUCUCCUGGGCUGACCGUUGGCACCUUUGUUAAUAAAUUGAGAAGCAAGAGUGGUGCAAAAAGAUUGUCCAAAAUGCCUAAGAAAAUAUUCCUCUGGUACAAUAGCCUUCCAUCCCACACCAAUGUUGUCGCAGGGGAAAACAUUUUCCUAUAAUCGCAACAGCUUUGACUCAUGUCUGCCCGUUUUUUUUGCACAGAGGACAAUGAAUAUCUAACCAAGGGUGAUCUAAGAAAAGUAAUUCCUGUUUUAUAUUGGGUACUUUGGGGGGGGUCUUUAAAAGACUUGUUUUAUAUCUAUAAAUUUAGGUUAUGACAAAUAUAAGAUUUUUGUACCUUAAAUAAGCCUCAUUCCUAUUCUUGUCCAUUAACAAUCCAUCCAGAGUCCUGGGGGAAAAAGUGACAAAGAGCCCUCAGAGAUAGUCUUUGAAAGGAACCUGGGAGAAAUCAUACCUUCCUUCCCCCAGGGGGGUCUUCGGUGCUGGUGCUGUUCUCUCAUCUCACCCCUCACCAAGGAGCAUUAACUGUACACGUGACCCACAAGACUUGCCUCGCACUCUAACCCAGUCCCUCUCAUUAGGGAGACUGCAAACGAAGAGGGUGUGUGCAAAGGUAGCUUGGAGAGGAGGGGAGAUAACAGAGACACCACAUGGCCCAAGAUGGCUCAUCAGCUAGACUGGCUUUUCCAUGGACUUGCUAAGAACGUGUGUGCUCUGUGAACCGGACUCUUGAAAUAGGACUUGUGUUUUAUCUGUAUCCUGAUUGAAUUCAAACAUAGAAGUUCAUCGAGCACAGAUUUCUUAUCCAGAGAUAAGUAGACUGUAACCACAGGCUCUUGGCAAGCUUUGGGUUCUGUUCCUCCUCCACAUUAAACCCCGUAGGCCUCCUUGUUCCCCAGAAGUCACACAGAACUGUCUCUUCCCCUUUAGACACUAAUGUACCACAGAAAAGGCAAACAUCAGAGCACCUCUUUGUGACCCUCUUGGGAGCAUAAUGAAAGGCUAGUUCCUGCAUUUCUUGGUAGGAUCAUCAUAGCUUUUAAUGGAAUGUUCCAGAACUACAUCCACCUGAGGUCAGAAUGGAGGUGUUUAGGUGUGAUACCUACCCAGGAAAAUCCAGUCACCUCUGUUGUUUUCAGAAGGGGCUUCCAUAUUAGCUGAGCAGGAACAGAAACUGAGCCAGACCAGUUGGUUAGUUACUAGGAGCCUCAUCUGUAGCACCACGUAAUGAAAUAGCCCGGUAGCGGAUGGCCUUCCAUUCAAAAACAUACAUGUUUUUCUGUUAUCCUCAUUGAUUUAUAGCAAUCCACUUUACACUCACAGAGUCAAUUUAGAAAAUGACCAUUAACUCUUGGAAUGUGUAGCAAUAUUUUUGGAUCUCUGGAUUGUAUGUAACAGUACAAGAAAUCUUUAUUAUUAUUUAAAGCAUAUUUAUUAGAGGAGGCACAUUGUUGUUGAAAUCUGUGAUACCACAUUUUAAAAAUCUUCCUUGUAUGUUUAAGUUAUUGUUGACCCAAUGACUAUAAUAGACCUUGUUGUGAUUUGUCAAUAUCACUGAUUAAUUAAUUACAUCCUUUGUGUGGGAUUAGGUGUAAAGUGUACUGCGCUUAGUCUUCUUGUUCAGAAUAGUGAACUGGUAGCCAAAAGUACAUGUAUCACAGAUGUUAGGUAGAAUUUAAACAACACAGUCAAGUGCUAUAGAAAUUUUCUGCGAAAUUAGUAGACUCAAGACUAUUAGACCUUAGCCAUGGGAGUAGCACGUUUUCUUUUGGUAGCUAGGAUCUGAGUUCUUGUGAACAGUGCCCAUUUACUAUUUUGGAUUUAGAACUGUUCUCUAACUAUUGUAACCCAGAGUACUAUGAUUCCCUAAUUUACUUAGUAUUACUUAUUGGAAGUGGGGAGAGGAGAGUAUGUACAGAAAUCUAGUCUUUUUAAGCAGAGGUGUCCCUAUGUAUAAGCAGAUGAUAUUUCAAAAUUCCAUCAGUUGGUUGGUUACAACCUACAAUGUAACCUGCUAGACAGCAGGUUAUACUUGGUGUGAGGCCCCCAGACCAGCUAGGUGUGAUUAUCAAGCCAAUAGUUUGGCUGAUGUACGAUAAUAAAACCAGAAUGCUAAAAAACCUCAACACUAAAAAUAAUAUUGUUUCGGGGGGGUGUGUUAUUUGUUCAGAAUUGCCAAGAUUAUCUCAUUCCUGUAGCCCAUGGAGUCUGGGCUGUCGACCUCAGCCACAUACCACCCGCUGGAUGCUGGGGGUAAGGGGGUACCCCAGUUAGUCACCUGCAGCAGGGGUGCCAGCACAGGUGAGGGAAAGUAAGUCCAGGGCCCCCAGAGCAUCAGGAGGAGGGGGAACCCUCUUGAGGGAUUAGCCCUGGUGACGUCCUCAGCCAGAAGUCUUGCUGUUUUCUGGAGGCCUCAGUCUUGGCCUGCCUGCUUCUAUUUGUGGGGUCUUUUGCUCCCACAGUUCACCUCCUUCUCUUCCCCCUACAGGAAAGAACAUGCUAGGUCGCUUCUCCCAGAAACCAGCACAUAGCACUUUUGGGGUUAGUGCUAAUAAGCGGGUUUAGCUGCUCAGCAAUCAGAUGGGGGUGUACAUACAGCUCUCUGCCUAUUUUCCUUUGCUAUAAUUGUAGGUCCUGUGGACAAAGGUGCUCAUGGGUGCUGUUGCAGGGCUUAGAGUGGACAAAAGACUGUGGAAAGGUUCCUCAGGGUUUCAGAGAGACACCUCAGACAGUCACCCCAGAACUGCCUUCUUUCCGGAAAUGGACAGGAACUGCUAAGCCAGUGCUUCCAGAAGUGUGGCCCCUGGCUUGGCAAAGCCAGUAUCACAUGGGAGCCAGUGGGAACGUGAAUCCUCAGGCCCCAACCCCAGUGAAAUCUGAAGCUCUUGGGGUUGGGGGCUUGGCAAAUAUUUUACAGGCCCUCUUGAAGCACCUCAAAUGUGAGAUCCUCUCCAAGCCAAUUUGUCUCCCUUAUUCUCCCCAUUAGUCCUACUUCUGAGAUAAUUUUUGAGACUCAUGAGUCAGGAAAAGGGGUGAGGAGUGAGGGAGGGGAGGACAGGGCCUUAGCAGCGGGGGUCUCAGCCCCCUCACCACUGGAAAUGCCAGUGAAAUUGAUCAUGAAGGAGGCCAUGAAGGAGAUCGUUUGUCAUCUGGGGCUGAGGCUCAGUUAAGAUUACAUUUUUUGAAACUGUUUAAGGUGACAGAUCCUGUCCUUCUAAAGUGAAUUGUCCACUCCAAGGCCCACAGGGGAUGAGGGGCUGCAGGGUGCUCUGAAGAGAGAAGGGUUCUAUCAGCUUCAGCAGAUCAGAAAACAGUGGGGCACGUCCCACUGCAGGUGGGGAGGAGGUUGGCGAGUGAGUCGCCCAUUCAGAUGGGUGACUUGAUUGAAAAUCAAAUCAGAUAUUUAACUUUAUGCCUUAGCACCAAAGCCAUUAGUCUCCAUCUGUUUAUCAAUGUAAAUGGCUGAAAAAAGACAUGAGCUCUAAGAAUAUAAUUACUCCAUUUCCAGUUCAUGGUGAACUUCUAGACACUUUCAAAAUAAAGAAAACACAGACUCUAUAGCAUUGCUAAUAGGCGGUGUCCUUAGGGAUGGAAGAUCUGGGAAUCCUUCAGCAAUAGAACAUACUUCCUCUGAAUUUAUAAAUAAUUCACAUGGUGAAUUAUUUAUAAAGAUUAUGGCUUUCCGGGACCAUUUGGGUUGGAGUAGCUAACAACUGAAAAAUAUCACUAAUUCCAAAAAGAGAAGUUCUUGAAAAACAUGGAAUCCACACGGCUCAGACAUUCCCCUUCUUUAGAGCUUUCUCAAAAAGGGGUUAUGAAACUGGGCCAUCUGUAUAUGGGCUUGAUUCUGUGUUUCUAAAAGGAAGAAUCUAUGCAGUUGAGGCUUAUUGUAGGAAAUACGUCACUUGUAUGUAAAUAUACUGUAAAUAAAUAGGAGGCUGUAUAUUUUUGCAGUUGUUAAUCCACACUGAAAUAGAAAUCUCUAAUAUCUGCCUAUCAAGAUUAAUUGUUUUCAUAGGUAUCCGUGGUUUUGUUCCAGAAAUAGAAAAACUUACGUUCUCUCCCAGGUAACCUAGUUCCUCUCCAAGUGAACUUGGAGCCUAAAAAUCUUAGCUUAUUGUUUAGAAAGCGAACUGUCUGAGAAAUAGUUGUGUUGAUUUCUUAGACUGGUGUUAAGAUCAAUUAUUUAAAAACUAGUCCUCUGACAAAUAAAGAAUAUUUAGACCCAAAUUAUUGUCAUAUAGAAAUAGGUGUACCCAAAAUGGAAAAUGGUUUCUUCUUCAUCAUGCGUUCUUACUGUUAACACCGAUACCACUACAUAGUAUUUAUGAAAACAGAGGUUGGGAAGGAAAAAAAUUUUUUUUCAGAAUCGAACUGCUGCAUUUCCCAAAUUUUGGGGUCUUUGAAAGGGGAAAGUGGGGGAACCUGAAUAUUAACUAUAAGCACAAAUUUGAAGGAAAAAGAGCAAUCAUAUUAUUAAGAUUUUGAAAGUCUUGCAUGUUUGCCUUUUACUUUCAGUGUUGACGCCAACAAGACUGUCUGGAAUAAUUUUUUCCCAAAACACUUGAAUCUUGAUCAUUGGUAUGAAUCCACUCUCUAGAGGCCAUGUAUUUUAGACUUCAUCUGAGUCCAGUACGUGUAGCUCAUCACUGUUUUAUUCAUGUAAGAACCUUAUAAAAGACUUUCAGAUGGGUGAUUUAAAUAAGUCACAAACCUUGCUAUUCACAGUUAAUCAAAUAGUUUUUUUUCCCACCAUGUGUAAAAUAAAUGUAAGAAUUUCUGUUCUAUUAACUGCUCUGUUAACAUAGUUUUUAAACAUUAAAAAUAUGAA